AUCAUUGCGCCAGGGAAUUUUUCUUGUGGCUAGACGAAAUCGUGCCUCCGUCGCCGGACCAUCGUCCUCGCCGUUCCUUGGUCUUGUCCGAAUCUCUUGUUUUCGUCAGCGAGAGUGAGCUUUUAUCCAUUGGAGCUUGGAAUUGCUCGUGCCAUCUUGAGAACUGGAGUUGUUCUCUGGAUUUCACUUGGAAGGAAGUCGAAGUCACAACAAUGGAGUACGUCAACCCUGAAGGUCUUCGCUUAGAUGGUCGUCGCUUCAACGAAAUGAGGCAAAUCCGAGCUGAAAUAGGUGUAGUCUCUAAGGCCGAUGGUUCUGCUGUUUUCGAGAUGGGUAAUACAAAAGUUAUUGCAGCAGUUUAUGGUCCAAGAGAGAUUCAGAAUAAGAUCCAACAAAUCAAUGAUCAUGCCCUGGUGCGGUGCGAGUACAGCAUGGCUCACUUCAGUACUGGUGAUCGUAGAAGACAGAAAGGCGACAGGCGUUCAACGGAGCUGUCACUUGUCAUCCGUCAAACAAUGGAAGCCUGCAUCUUGACACACUUAAUGCCUCAUUCUCAGAUUGACAUUUUCGUUCAGGUUCUACAGGCUGAUGGAGGAACAAGAUCUGCCUGUAUAAAUGCUGCAAGUCUAGCUCUUGCAGACGCCGGGAUUCCAAUGCGUGAUAUCGUUGCCUCCUGCAGUGCCGGAUUCUUGAACAGCACUCCCCUUCUCGAUUUGAACUAUGUCGAAGACAGUGCCGGAGGAGCUGACGUAACUGUCGGGCUUCUGCCCAAGCUAGACAGAGUGACGCUUCUGCAGAUGGAUGCCAAGUUACCGAUGGAUACAUUUGAAACCGUCUUUGCGCUAGCGAAUGAGGGCUGUAAGGCCAUCGCUGAAAGAAUUCGGGAGGUGCUACAAGAAAACACUAAGCAACUGGAGUAUCGUCGGGGUUCAUAACUCGACAAGCUGGCAAAUCCAGCUCUAAGAAAAAACGGUCGAUGUAACCACAAAACACCAAAGCUGUCUGAACCAUAACUGAGAUUUACUCGGAAAUGUACGCAGGCUUUUAUGUUGGUGAGCCCACAAAUGGGUCCCACAGUUUGAGUGGGCCCAUUUAGUCGAAUGGACCCGUAGUUUGAGUAGGCCCU